UAGUACACAUUUUUGUUUAGGAACCAGGUGAAGCUGUGAUGACCCUCGGCUGUUUUCUGCUCUUUGGUCAGGUUGUUGUGGUUUUGAGACAUUCCCCGGCUUAUUGCCAUUCUCAAUUUAUAUCUUAAAUUAAAUGAAUCAAUAUUAGCAUGGUUUGAAAUAAUACAUCUGCUAAACAAUGUCGGACAAGAAAGUAUCAUCUAAAAGACCCUAUGGUGAAAAUAUAAAUAAGACAAUGAUACAAUUUGCCGCCACUGCCGUAUUCCUUGCUGUGUUUUAUGCACUGGAAAAAUCGAUACCAUUAGACACGUCUGAGCUUACAUCACCAAUAAAUCGUCUGACUUAUACCAUACGAUGGCUGUUCCUAUCUUCAACAACAAUCCUGUUUGCCAUGUUUGGAGUAUUAAAUGUUCGAGGGAAAACAGACGCCAUUGAUCCCUUAAAUGGUGGAUCCGAAAAUUUGGUAGAACUUCCGAACAGAAUUCUUCGGAAUACAACAGAACAAUUUAUUAUUCAUGCAUCUGCUGUUUUGACCCUCUCGACCUUUAUGGAUGAAAACAGUAUGAGAAAUAUUCCUCUUCUGGUCAUACUGUUUAUUCUUGGACGUUUGUUCUAUGCGUUGGGUUACAGUUCAGCAGCUUCGAAAAGAUCUUUUGGAUUUAGUAUGACAUUUAUGCCUACAUUAGGAACGUAUGGUUAUUGUACAUAUCUUGUCAUAUCAUCGUUAUUGUAUUAGAAUAAACGUAAACGAAGUAAAUGAUAAUUUCGAUUGUUGAAGAACAGAAAAAAAACACAUAUUUUUUUAGUUUGAUCACCUCACAAAUCAGUUAUACACUGUAGUUUUUGCAGUGAUAAGCUAUGAAAGUAAUGUUCUUUAUUUGUAAUUUUUACUAUAAAUACAUGCAAUUUAUUGUCAU